ACAAAUUUGUCAGGUGUGACAGGUAACUUAAAUCUCGUUAGCGAAUUAGGUACAAUAGGUGACACUUUGGUUUUGGAAUCUUGUGUUGACAAGUCAGGGAUGGACAAUGAUAUCUAUGAAAAUUUCAAAGAUAAAGAUGGGAAUUUUUCUACAAUUAAUUCAGAGGAAAUCCCUGGAAUUCCAAAUCUUGAAACUUCCCAUUUGAAUGAGGCGGUCAGCCGCAACAAAAACAGAAACAACUUUGUGAAUGUUGAUGAAGAGAAAACUAGUAAUGACAGAAAAUGUUUGAACCAUUCAGAACUACAACAUUGUAUGGAACUUGCAGGAGAUUCAAAAUCAAAAUUUGGUGAGGAAAUGAAUGUUUCCCUGACUGAAACUAGGCAAUCUAAGGAUGUUAUUGCUCAAACUUGUGACAAUGUUCAAGAAAAGCGGUGUAAGUUUGUUCAUCGUAAGAGAAUUCAAAACAAACGGCACACGACAAUACGAUUAGAAAUUCAGAAAAAUGUGUGCUAUGACAGAGAUAGAUUAAAACUUUUGACUCGAGACAAACUAUGGAAGCCUAACAGUUUUACAAACUUGUCUGAAAACUCGAUUGGUAAUCGGAAUUCUAACAAUAGAAGCCGCAGUGAUAAACCAAAAAUUAAAACUUGCCCCAGAAGAAGAAAUAGCGAAUUUGUAUUGCCUUCUUCUAAAAGGGGAUCAAAGUCUAAAUCAAGACCUCCUGGUUUGGUGACGAGUGCCUUGGACAAAAAUGUUGAAAAUGUUGAUGUUUUCGGUAACCUUCUGGUAGGCUCCGUUCAGGAUCCCGAGGUAAUGCCGACAAGGGAUUUCCCAGCAUGCCGUGUAGAGGUUCCUGACAGUACUAAGUGUAGACAAUUCCCUAAAUAUUGGGUUGACAGUGAAAUUUAUACACUAUCCGAUUUUGAAGGGUUCUACGGCAGACUCCUAUGUGCUGAGCGUGUGACACAGAUGACUAGGGCAUACAAUGACAUAGAGGCUGUUAAUAGAUUACUUGAAGAGAAAGAGCGUGACCUUGAACUAGCUGCCCGUAUCGGCCAGACACUUCUCCAGAAAAAUCAAGAUUUAACAGAUAAAAAUGAGUCAUUAGAAGAACAGGUUUCUCAAGCCACAGAAAAACUCAACCAGUUCAGACAUGAAAUUCUUCGCAAGGACGAGCUUCUACAAGCUCUGACCCACUCGGAGUCUGACAGCACACCUACAGAGGAUUCUCCAAAUGGAAACACUGAAGGUCUAUAUGCCUUGGGGGCCUCAAGUCUACAAAAGAAGGUUAAAAGCUUGGAGCAGGAAAACGUCAAACUCCGCAUUGAGACAGUACAACUAAGUGCUGAAACAUCAGACUUCGAAGAAAAGGAACAAAAACUUGUAUCUGACUGUCUAGAACAGCUUGGUGAAGUGAAAGACCAGAUCGCAGUUUACUCACAGGAGCUUGCUCAAAAGACAGAAGAAACCUACCUUCAGAAGGAGGAGAUCACUAACCUUUUAGCACAGUUAGUUGACCUUCAGAGAAAAUGCAAAGUCUUAACAGCCGAAAACCUUGAGCUCCAGAAACAUCUUGAGGCCUCGCAGUCUGCACAGAAGCACUUGACAAAGGAGCUAGCCGAGUACAAAGACAAGCAUGAUGAGGUCCUGGAGUUACUCGAGGAAAAUCAGGAAGAGUUGCGGAGGCUGCGACGGCAACAUAAACCCAACGUGGCUAAACAUAGCUACCUCUCUACCUCCCUUCUCAGUAUCCCCAAUGACUCCAUCGCCUCCGAACUCGAGUCAUCGCUCAAGUCAGAAAUAGACUACCCAGUAGGGUACUCACCAGCAGAACGAAAAGUACACAACUGGAGGAUUUUUGAGACCGCCAAGGCUGCAAAGAAGGCUAGCAAUAAACACAAUGGGAUUAGUAACAGUAACAGCUUUGGAACGGAGAAAACGUCCGGAAUCUCCGGAAUGUCUUGUAUGUCUGGACUCUCUACGCUUAGUCUCAACGACAGUCUGGAUUCCGGAGCUCAUUCGCCCCGAAUGUCCGGAGCUCAUUCGCCCCGAAUGUCCGGAGCAGCUUCAUCAGUGGGAAGGCCCAGCACAGCCUCCGCAGGAAUGUCCAACCGAAGCUCAAUGUAUUUCUCAGAAUGCGAGUCCGUUCAGAGUGAUGGGUACACAGCAGAUCUGGACAGUCUUUAUGGGGAUGUGAAGAAGCACAGCCUUGGGCGGCCAGGUAUACCCGGCUCUAAUGACCUGGAAACGGCGCUGAGGAAGUUAUCCAUACGUCGAGCUAACGAACUCAACGAGGAAGACUUCUUUGAGGAUGAGGAAAAGCGGAAACGACAAAGGCACAGGUCUGACACCAGCCGGUCCGAUGCCCAGGAAUCCACUGAUACUACUGGCAUGUGUCAAACUCCAGACAGUACGCUGUCUACUGGAAGUUUCCGAUCUGGAUUCUCCCAGCUUUCGUAUCCAGGGAGUAACAACCCACAUUAUCGACUUCCGGAGAAGCUCAAAAUUAUCAAACCACUAGAGGGUUCUGUGACCCUGCGCCAUUGGCAACAGCUAGCCACACCCCACUUGGGAGGGAUCUUUGAGUCGCGCCCUGGUGUUCAGAUUAAGGGGGAGAGGAAACUAGACAUGGAUGAAGAAGUGUACAAUCUUAGUGACUUCGAGGAAGAUGAUGAUUACGAGGACAACACAGAGUGCUACAAAAGAUUCCAGGAGAGUUCCACUAUUAACACCUACACCAACUCCACGGUCAAACAUCCCACCCAGCUUGUUGGCGAGGAUGGAUCGGAGCUUGACUCUGACAUAGAUUGUGUAGAAUCAACAUCAACAAAAUUGUCAACGCCACGAUUGUCAUCAAUGGUUCAGUCAAGUGGAACUACGACCUAUAGCAUGUCGCUGGGACUCGCAGCCAUCUUAAAUGAGCGUGACUUCCUAAGCCCUACAGACAAUAAACCCCAAACAUCGGGGUCCAAACAGAGCAGGUCAGGCUGUUUGGUGUCCGAGUCUCAUUUCGACCUGGAAAAGUCAAAAGCACAAGCUUUAACUGUGACAUCAUCCUCGGGAGCAAGUGUUUCCUUGACAACAAGUUCUCCCACAAAAAUGUCUGCGGAAAAACCAAAUUCAUUGUCUGGUGUGGAUUAUCAGGAAGCAAAUAUCCUCAGUCGCAUAAAAAACACUGGCUUUUCAUUGUAUGGUUAUCUCGGGAAAUUAGGUCAAAGGUCAGACUCAGUGGUGUCCUUGCCUACACAUCUUCAUGAUAAUACAAAAGUUUCACAGGAAGGUGCGAUUCCCAAAGUGUCUGUGUGUUCAGUUCCGACACAAUCAUCGUCUGUAGAUAAUCUUGUGACAAUUGCUUCCGCAACAGAGGGCGGAUCUGAGGCUUCCAAGUCGACAUCCACUUCUGCCAUAUUUGGAAGUGGAGCGUCUGGGGGAGGAGUUUUAGGUGCAUUGACCUCAAUUCGAAAAAGUGGCAUAUUCUGAAUAAGUACAGAAUAUUUAUAUAAAAGGAUGUGAAGGCAUAAAAUAAUGUGAUUUUAAGUAAUUUUAUACAGUCAUGAUAAGCAUUAAAUGUUUAUUCAACCCUUUUAUGGUACCUAAUAUAUUAGAUAACAUGAACUUUGUUCCUAAAAACUAGGGCUGCGACGAUAUGUUGUACCGUACCAUAUUGUAUCGUGAUACUUCUUGUGUAUCAUUUCAAAUUGUUUUUCUUACCUUUAUUGCGAUACACAAAUGAUUCUGAAAUUGUUUAUCCUUUUAUUAUUAUCAAACUCUAAGAGUUUACUUGAUGUUUUUGAAUCCUUCAUUAAAGAUUCGGUCCACUGUGCAGUCAUACCCAAAAACAAUGCAACUGUAGAGUAUAUAUUUUGAUAUUGAAGUCUUUAACAAAACUCUUUAAAAUCCUUCACUUAAUUAUUAUGAAGUUGACCUUUUGAGCAGAUAUGUUUAUCCUGAUAGGUAUUGUACCGUAAGCAUCGUAAUGUGAUACAUAUUAUAUCGUGAGAUAUGCGUAUCGUUGCAGCCCCAUUAUAAACACAACAGAAUUGACUGACCAUGAUCAGUUAUAUUGAGAGUGCUGACCUUAUAUAACGAAAACUUGCACAGGGGCAAAACAUAAUUUAAUUUACUUAUAUGAUUCAUUUUAGGUAAUCCUAUAGGUAUGACUGUAACUUUUUUUUAUCUGUCUUGCCCCUGUGCAACACUGUCAAAGGGAGGUAAUAAGAUAUUACAUGAAUAUGUUUUGUUAGUAUUAUUCCCAUAUUUAGUGUUCAUUCAAUUUUAACUCCACUUGCCCAAAAUUGUUAGGACAGAAAUCUCUCGUCAGUGUUAGUCUCCUUGGUUUACUAGUCAUGAUGUUAUGUCGAUAUUUGGCUCUAAAAGAAUAUCACAUAAAUUGUUAUACAUGUACUUAUGCCACUGGAAAAUUCUUAAAAAAAAAGAAAAUAGCAAAAUAAUACAGUGUAGCAUCACAUUUUUCCUCUUUCAUUUUAUGUCCUAACUUUGGGUCCAAUCAAUAAUUCCAUGUAAUACUCUUAGUGAUUUUUGUAGGAAUUUUCAAGUGAAGAAUCAAUUUGAUGAGUCAAAUUACUGAGACAUCUAGUGAGCUCUCAAAAGCUUGCAGAAAAGCUUGACCUUCUGACUCAAAUACUUGUGGUCCCCCAAAAUCACUGGCCCAGCAUCUGUACCUCUGUGUAUAUAUGCAUGCAUACCAAUGGUUAUAAGUCUGCUGAUUUUUUUCUUUCGUCUUUUUUGAAAAUGAAAAAUUAUUUCGCAAACAUAAGAUGCAUAACAAAAGGAUUGAAAACAACCUAGCAUAGCGCUUGUUCAAAUAUGUCUCCGGGAUAUUCAUGGUUUCUGCUUUCAUUCACAUAAAAUAUGUUAACAUUUGACCUUUUUUCAGGUCAUAACUACCUUACAAGUUAUACAUCCAUUAUUUUAUUGGGAAUUACCUCCCUUCAAAUAUUUUCAAUUUUGAAUUGAGAAUUCGAUACACGUUAACAAGGCAUGCAUAUUCUAGUAUUGGUGUAUCUUAAUAUUGUGCCAUUAAUAUUUUCAGUCAUAAUUACAAUUCAGAGAUAUGCGACAUAAUAUUCUAUGGAGUUAAACUCUUUUGGAAAAAGAUAUGCAGGUCAUAUUAAAGCAGUGUGCUUCUUUAAAAGAAAUUGAAUGUUUCUCAAUGGGUUUUCUUUUUUUGGGAGGGAGGGGGGUCGGGUCAAACUGAAAAAUAUGUUGAGAAGAAUGUUUUUUUCCAGGUGAGAAUUUUACCUGCAUAUUUUACAACGUGAUGUAUAUAUAAAUUACAUUUAAAUGUUUUAUUGCAUUCCAUGUUCUUUCCCAAAAAUGUUUGCAUAUAUAUGGUUUAAAGAAGUAAGAUUAACGGUUAUUUCCCACACUGGAUCCUUACAAACAUAUGUUUGUAGGAUACAAAUUCCUUAAAAUUGCCGUAUGUCAUAUACAUAUGCGACAAGGACAAAUUUGGCAAUCUCAUUUUGUCACCACAGUUAGAAUUACUACAUAUAUAUAUAUGACUGUAAAUGCCAGGAUGUGAAAUAGGCCACUUCCAACUGUAUAUCUCACAAUAUGAAAAACAAAACGUCACUCAACCAUAUAUGCGAUAUAAUGCCAAAUGGACACAUUCUAGUUCUAAACAUGGACACUUUCCUUUCAUAAAAAAGUAGCUGAAAUUCCAUAAAGACGGGCCUUAGCACUCUCAAACAAACUGUUCACCGAUCGUAUUAAUUUUGUUUUUAAGAAGGUCCAUUACAUAUCUUGUGUUCUAGUCUUGAUGCUCUUGUGAUUAUGGAAAUUAUGAUAAACAGUAGAACAAAUAUAACUGAUCAUAAAGUUAUCAACUAUAAUUGAGCGUAAGGAACGAUUUCAUCAUAAAGUUAUCAAUUUGUGUCAGACGCACUGUAGUCAUGUGCUUCGUGUUUUUGAAGUUCUAGAGACAUUGUAUUUAAAGAGUAUUAUAAUUAUUUGCAUAUGAUAUAGAGUUGAACUCUAUGUUGAACUUGACGAUUACUGAGGUAGGAGAAAUAUGUGUUGAAAUAAUAAAAAAGAAUGAUUUGAAAGAGUUUCAUUUAGGAAUUUGUUAUUUAGAAACUUUAGAAUUGUAUUUAUUUAUUUGUUCUCCUUUAGUGGAGCUGAAAAUAUGAUAAUAAUUUGAUUUGAUAGAUCUAUGUUACCGAUCUAUGUCCUUGUUGUGCCUAUAUUUAUCCUCGUUUGCAUAAUUAGGAGAACGGAAUAUUCAGUUGCAGUGAUGCUAGCUUAAUUGAUGUUGUGCGGCAUUUUUUCGUCUUUUAACUCAUGUUGUGACCUUUUGAACUUGUUGAACUUAUUUGCCUGAUGAUCCAUGCAUGUUUAACCUCUCAAUUUCGUCCAAUGAAAACUCUUGUUACACACGUCUGUCAGAUCACCACCAUUGUGAGAGGAGUACUGCAUGAACAUCACAUAACAUCAAAAUCAUCUUCAGUUUGUAAGCUGAUUUGUGAUUGGAUCUCACCAAUUUUAGCAAUUGACAAUCAAGUCACAUGACUUCAAAGGCCAGCUGAGUUUGUAAGCUGAACACCUAUUGGAUCUCGCCGACAUCAGACAGGAGAAAUUUCCCAUUACCUCAAAAGUAUAUUUACAUGUGAUACAAAAAAGAGGGGAAAAUGACUCUAAAUACUGAAGAGAGUGACCAAAUUGUGUGUUACAUAUACCGACUCCUUUCAGAUGUAAAUAAUUAUACAUGAUAUAUACCCAGGUAUAAUGUUUAUUUACACAAUUCAAUUUCUUGAUCAUUUUUAUAAUUGUACACCACAGCAUGUUUGUAAGCUUACCUGUGAUUGGUUUAGUAACUUUGUAAUGUGUGCUGUGAUUGGCCAGUCUUAUUUAGUUUCUUUUUCCUACAUAAUGUCAUUUUCAUGUAUAUAGGUCAGCACAAGAUCUAGUAAAGUAUGCCAUUGGAUAGAUAAGCUCUUGACUCCUUAUUUGAACAAGAAUACACUUGUUCUAUACAGCAUGACUGCUUUUAUUGUAGAAUGGUAUACACAGGGACCCGAGAACCAAGGUAAUUUAGACAGGAGAUUUAUUCAUAGUUUCAGGUUGCCUGGGUUGUUAGAAAUCUGCCAUCUGUUAGGUAUAUUUUAUAGAAAUAUCAAUGCUUUAGAAAAUGUCAUCACUGUUGGUUAACUUCCUAGGUCUCGACUGUAUUCCUGGAUGUUUUAGAUGAUUGAAGUCCCCCUUUAUUCUCAGAUCCCUGUGCUAAUUAAUACAUGUUUAAUAGUGACAUUGUAAUAUGAUUUGCAGUCAAACUUUGUUAUUUCAAACUUGAAAACUUAAAUACUGUACAUGUGUGUUUUGCGUUCCCUUAGAGACUUUCCUGUCAGGUUGAUCUUUCAGCUAGUGCUUGUUCUUUAUUGAAAGUUUAAUUAUUACUAUUUUUUUAAAUCAAGAAAAAUCACAAAUGUAAUUUUAACGGAAGAUAUUAGAUUUGCAUCAAUACAAAAUUUCAAUAAAAAUAAUUUCAUAAAGUUUGUUUUAAUACAAAUAGAUGAAUUUUUAAUUGUUUUAGGGAAUAAAGUUUGACCUAUAUAUUCAAUGUCAUUUAUAGGAGAAGGAAUGGAAUGGCCACAAAUAAUGAUAGAAAGAAAACGUAAUAGUUGAGCACUUGCUUCAAUGCCUGGUACCAAAUAUUUAAAGGAGAUGGUAUAAAUAUUUUUUUCAUGAAGAUAUAAAAAAAAUAAUAUAUUGAUUUUAUUCAAUUUUUAUUUUUGCUUGUGCCAAAGUUUUGCUACCAAAACCCUGUCAUUUGAAUUCAGUUUUCUUUUUUUCUUUCAAUUAAGUCUUAAUCAAAUCAUGUUAAUACCUUAUAUGCUAUAAGCAUAAAAUAUAUGCUGUAAAAACUGUUGUCUUUUUCUUGUACAUCAGCAAGCUCAAAAAAUGGCUUUAAAUGACAGGGUUAUAGAUAAGUGUGUUCACAUUGUGUUCACUGUUUGACAGUAGUAGAUAGUGUAGUCUUCUUGUGUUCAUCCAACUGUAUUAAAACAGUUGACUUUUUUCGGGUGAUAAAUUGGUCUAGUUCUUGCACAGGGAGUAAUAUACCAGAUAGGGUUGUAUAUCUGUGACUGUAUCUAAACUAACAUGUGGAAUCGUUCACAGAAUGUGUUACUCUGUCCUGUCGUUAUGGACUUUGUGGAGUCGUUCACAGAAUGUGUUACUCUGUCCUGUCGUUAUGGACUUUGUGGAGUCGUUCACAGAAUGUGUUACUCUGUCCUGUCGUUAUGGACUUUGUGGAGUCGUUCACAGAAUGUGUUACUCUGUCCUGUCGUUAUGGACUUUGUGGAGUCGUUCACAGAAUGUGUUACUCUGUCCUGUCGUUAUGGACUUUGUGGAGUCGUUCACAGAAUGUGUUACUCUGUCCUGUCGUUAUGGACUUUGUGGAGUCGUUCACAGAAUGUGUUACUCUGUCCUGUCGUUAUGGACUUUGUGGAGUCGUUCACAGAAUGUGUUACUCUGUCCUGUCGUUAUGGACUUUGUGGAGUCGUUCACAGAAUGUGUUACUCUGUCCUGUCGUUAUGGACUUUGUGGAGUCGUUCACAGAAUGUGUUACUCUGUCCUGUCGUUAUGGACUUUGUGGAGUCGUUCACAGAAUGUGUUACUCUGUCCUGUCGUUAUGGACUUUGUGGAGUCGUUCACAGAAUGUGUUACUCUGUCCUGUCGUUAUGGACUUUGUGGAGUCGUUCACAGAAUGUGUUACUCUGUCCUGUCGUUAUGGACUUGGUGGAGUCGUUCACAGAAUGUGUUACUCUGUCCUGUCGUUAUGGACUUUGUGGAGUCGUUCACAGAAUAUAGGUUGGACAACAACUUAAAUCUGUAACUUUGGAAUUCUAGACAGAUUUUCAACAUAUUGAGUGAUCUAUACUAGUCACCUGGCCCCAGUUACUCAAAAGUUAGUGAGAGUUGACCAGUGGUUUGUGAAAAUUUCAAAUGUGAAUGAAACAAAAUCAAGAACACCUGAUAUGAUUUCAGUGCUAUAGGUUGAUUUAGAGAGAUUAAUGUAAUGUGUUUUGAGGAUUUAUUUUGCUUUGAAAGCUUUUUCUUCUUAUAAUUGGCAACAAUUUGAAUUUUCACUAACCACUGGUUAAUCCUUGAACUCUCCUUUCACCCCUAUGUAACUUUGGUAGACUCUACCAUGCAUUGAUCUGGAUGAGUCCAUUAUCGCCUUCAGUGAUGAAAGGGUUAGCCAACUUUUAAGUAGGGCCAGCAGUCCAGAUCUGCUACAUGUUGAAGGGGGAUUUUUUUACUAGAACUAGAACAAGUCACUAUUACUGGUGAAAUAGGGUUUUACUUAAGAUGUCAUAUUUCAUCUCACAGCGUAAUUUUGAUGUACUGAAUUAUGUGUUUUACUGUGAUAUAUAUAAAAAACAUUUACACAAGUACUUUGUCGUGAUAAAGUACCAAGUGUUUUGUAUAAAUUCUUGAUUUUAUUUUUAAAAUUGCUUGUUCAAUAUUUGCUUGCAUUACAAACAAUAAUAGUAAAACUUCAAAUGAAAAAAAAAAAAAAAUUGUAAAAGAAAUAAAUAAUAACUGUUUAAACCAAUUGUAAAAUUGGUUUUAAAACAUCUUUACGACUGCAUAUUAUCUCCAAUUUAUUUUUUUGAAAAUGAAUUAUUUUUAAGAUUCUAUAAAUUUUUAGUUUUGAUCUAUACAAGGAAUAAGAGAAUGUACAAAACCUAGAAAUAUGAUGCCAUUUAUGUUUUGAUUAUUCAUAAGUGGUUUCAGGGUCAUUUCCCCCUCAAAUCGUAAGGAUCAGAUACAGGACAACUCCAUUUGUAAUGUAUGUGAAACAUUACAAGUUAGAUCAGUCAUAUACUGUUGAUUCAGUCAUAUAUACUGUGUGGAUUCCAUUAAAAUAUGUACAAGCACGUACAUAUAAUUAUCAUUGUGCCUUUGUAUUUUUGAAUUUCUAGCUACAUUGUACUAUUAUUUGAAUCGCCUAUCAUCAGCAGUCUUCCAAACCACACUUUAGACCAUGGUCCUAAUUCAACAAAAACAAAAUGAAUUAUUUAGUUAACAUGGAUAUGGGCCUAUUAUAAUUGGACAAUGCACACCCAAAUGAUCUUUGAGAGGCUUGCUGUUGGAUGGUGGUGAGUUAAUAUCUUUCUAGCAAUGUAACAUUUUUUCAGAUUCACAUUUAUUAUAUGUUUUUGUUUUUCUUUAUGCCCAGCACUUGUUAAGUUGUAGAGUUACUUUCUACGUUUUUACCCAACUUCCGCAAUAUGUUAUUGAUUUUUGUAGAAUUACAGAUUUUUUGAAGUCUUUAAAUUUGUUCUGUAUGUAAUUGAUAUAAGUAACAUAUAGAAACUAUGAACAUACUAUCUAUGCAAGUAUUCUUAAAUUUCAAGUGUGGAUAGUGCUGAAAAAAGUAAAAUGUUUAAGUUUUGGCAUUAUGUAUUUGUCUGUAUUUUGCCAACUUAAAAAAUAUCCUAUCUUAAUUGGCUGAUAUCCUGAACUAUUAAAAACUCUGAAAUAGAAGACAUGAUCAUCAGAUAAAACAGUCCCUCAUUAGUCUGGAUGCAUUGUUGCCAGGGGAAAAUCUUAAAUCAAAUAUGUGUUCCAGAUUGACAAAGAGGAUGUUCAGUUUCUGUUAUAAAGUUCCAUUUUAUCAGAUUAUUUAUUGCAAAUUAGCAAGAUACAAAUGUAUCAUUAUAUGUCACUAAAAUUAAAGAAAUCCUUGUUAAUAAAUUAGCUGAUACAUGUACUACAAAAAAAUAUUAGUUUUAUACUUCUAAAUGAGAAUCUACAAAAGUUACCUUCAGUUGGUACUUUUUAAUCAGGUGUUAUCUCUACAAUAUCUCGGGCAUUGUUUCGCAUUGGUAAUUUUGUUGGAUUUCAAAACCUCUAUACAUCGGGCAUUGUUUCGCGUUGGUAAUUUUGUUGGAUUUCUAAACCUCUAUACAUUAGUGUGUCAGCAUUGUUUCUUGUUAAUCUGUAACAGUGUACUUAUUUUUGAUGAAAAGAAUUUUUUAAAUACAUAGAUAAUAAAAAUAAUUUUCCCCAAGACAAGUUCUAGACUCAGGAACCAGUAUCAUUUUAAUUUCUUUUCCAAAAACAAGACCUUUGAAAUUCAAUUCUAUUUUUUGUAUCUUUUGUUUUUGUUUCAAAAACUCUAACUCUGAAAAAAAA